AUGCCUUUUGGUCUCUCUAAUGCCCCUAGUACUUUCAUGAGGCUUAUGAAUCAUGUUUUGAGAGCUUUUAUUGGACAGUUUGUUGUUGUCUACUUUGAUGAUAUUCUUGUCUAUAGCAAAAACAUUGAUGAUUAUUUGCAUCAUUUGAAACUUGUGUUUGAUGUGUUGAGAAAAGAAAAAUUAUAUGCAAAUGUGAAAAAGUGUUCUUUUUGCUUAGAAAGAAUUGUGUUUUUGGGAUUUGUUGUGAGUAGCAAAGGUGUUGAAGUAGAUGAUGAAAAGGUUAAGGCAAUUAGAGAUUGGCCAACACCUAAAAAUGCAUCUGAAGUUAGGAGUUUUCAUGGAUUAGCAAGUUUUUAUAGGAGAUUUGUACCUAACUUUAGUACAUUGGCUGCUCCAUUAAAUGAACAUGUCAAAAAGAAUGUGACAUUUGUUUGGGGUAAAGAACAUGAACAUGCAUUUGCCAUGCUUAAAGAAAAAUUGUGUUCUGCACCUUUAUUAAUUUUGCCUAAUUUUGACAAGACAUUUGAGAUUGAAUGUGAUGCAUCAGGAGUAGGGAUUGGAGCUGUUCUCAUGCAAGAGAAACGUCCAAUUGCUUACUUUAGUGAAAAGUUGCAUGGUGCCACAUUGAAUUAUUCUACAUAUGACAAAGAAUUGUAUGCAUUAGUUAGGGCAUUAGAGACAUGGCAACAUUAUCUAUGGCCUAAGGAAUUUGUCGUACAUUCUGAUCAUGAGUCUUUGAAGUAUAUCAAAAGCCAACAUAAGUUGAGUAGGAGACAUGCUAAAUGGGUAGAAUUUAUAGAGUCUUUUCCUUAUGUUGUGAAAUAUAAGCAGGGCAAAGAGAAUGUGGUAGCUGAUGCACUCUCCCGCAGGUAUAAUCUUCUUACUACUCUUGAUUCUAAAUUAUUGGGAUUUGAGUAUGUUAAAGAAUUAUAUGAGCAUGAUGAUGACUUUGCUGCCAUAUUCCAUGCAUGUGAGAAAUCUGUAUUCCAAAAGUACUUUAGGCAUGAUGGAUAUUUGUUUAAAGAAAAUAGAUUGUGUGUGCCUAAAAGUUCUUUGAGGGAAUUGCUUGUAAAUGAGAGUCAUAGUGGAGGCUUUAUGGGGCAUUUUGGUGCUGCCAAAACACUAGAUGUCCUUAGGGAGCAUUUCUUUUGGCCCCACAUGAGUGGGUUGAUUUGUCCAUGGACUUUGUCUUGGGAUUGCCUAGGUCACAAAGGGGUCAUGAUUCAAUUUUUGUUGUUGUGGAUAGGUUUUCAAAAAUGGCUCAUUUUAUCCCAUGUCACAAAAAUAAUGAUGCUACAUAUGUUGCUAAUCUAUUCUUUAGAGAGGUUGUUAGGUUACAUGGUACCUAGAACCAUUGUGAGUGAUAGGGAUGUCAAGGUUGUGUAUUCAACUAAUGGAUACUCUCCUUUUGAGCUUGUUUAUGGUUUUAAUCCACUUACUCCCUUGGAUUUGUUACCAUUGCCUAUUGAUCAUGUAGCUUCAUUGGAUGGUGAGAAAAAGGCUGAAAUGGUUAAAAAGAUGCAUGAACAAGCUAGGUUGCAUCUAGAAAAGAAAAAUGAGCAAUAUGCAUCUCAUGCUAAUAAGGGACGAAAGCCUAUGAUUUUUGAACCUGGUGACUUGGUAUGGAUUCAUUUGAGAAAGGAAAGGUUUCCUAACCAAAGGAAAUCUAAGUUGCAUCCUAGAAGUGAUGGCCGUUUUCAAGUGCUUGAAAGAAUUAACAAUAAUGCUUAUAAGACAGAAUUGCCUAGUGAUUAUGGUGUUAGUAAUACUUUUAAUGUAACUGAUCUUACUCCUUUCCUUGGUGUAGAAAAAAAUUCGAGGAUGAAUUCUUUUCAAGUGGGAGAGGAUGAUGAGGAUCAUCAUGGAACACUACCACCCUUCAAAGGGGCAAUCACUAGGGCGAGAGAUAAGCAAUUUCAAAGCAUGCUCAUGGACCAUAAAAGUAUUUUUGGCUUAGGAGGGGAGCUGCAAAAGGAAGGCCUAGCUUGCUUGCUCCAAGAAUCUAAGUGGAUUACCAUGUGCCAAGCUAGAGCUUCCAUUGCCACGUCACCAGCCACUUCAGAUUCCAUUACCACGUCACUAGCCACAUCAUCAGCCACUUUGGACAUGCCUCAUGCCACCUUGGAGUCCACUUGGCAGCCACUUAGUGUUUUUCCACCUCUUCUAUAUGGGAUUAUCUGUGUUGGUGGGUUGGAUAUUGGAGGGUUGGACGUGUGCUCUUUGAUUUCAGAGAGGAAGAAAGUGGAAUGUGAAGAGAAGUUUGAACUUUCAUGA